AUGAUGGCAACAUUUGGAAAUGACUCCUCCAUCGAGGGGGAUGUCUAUGUACAACGGCUAGCCACUUACAUUCGAAAAAAUGAAGAAGGGCUUGCCAACGGCUUGCUCUGCUUUUCCAAGGUACGGGCGGCCAACAACGUCAAACCACUUCGACCAAGCUUCACAAUCCAUCACUUGUACUAUAUCACCGAGCGAAUUGAGUCAUCAUCAUUAGGGGUCGAUGUGGGCCCGCUCAAUGUGAAGCUCGAUACACCGAACCACGAACCCACUUUCAUUUCGUUUAUGGCCAACAAUGCACGGACACUGCGUGUGUUUGACAGUGAUGCUCGUUCCAUAACUUCCAUCAACUCCGUCAAGUCCAUAGUGUCAAGUGCUUCGGUAUAUUGGCGCUCAUUUGCUUUCAGCAAGGACCCCAAGAUCAUCCAGAAGGAUGUGAAAUACUUGUAUUCGUCGUUCACGAAGAUUCCAUGUCUUAUUCUCAAUCCAAAAACAAAGAUCAACACCAUUGCAGGAUACGAAGAAUAUCCUUGUGAUACCUCGGUGCCCCUUAAGAUGUUCAAGAACCUUCAAGUGCUUGAACUUGUGGAAUACGAACCAAAUGAAGUGUUUGGAUGGCAUACUUUAAGUGAACAACUUAGAAUCUUAAUUAUCCGGAACUCCAAAGUCAGUGAUGUGGCUGAGGUAUUGUUCACUCUCGUAUUGGACGAUGAGACGGGCCGUUCAUCCUUCAGCGACACUCGUCAGAAAAAACAUGACCAUUUCGAGCACCUGGAAAUGAGCACUGCCUUCCAGCGUCCACGUAGAGAAAGGGCAAUGACUGCUGGGAAUAUGGUGAGAGACACUGGAGAAGGAAAAUGGCCACACACAUUCCUGACUUCGCCUGACCGUGACGCUACCACGUUGCCGGACAACAAGUGGUUCUACUUGAAGCAGUUGACCGUCACCGAGAGCUCCAUCACUUCCAUCCCUGCAUUUGUGUUCAAGCCCUUGUCUAAUGUGGUAAAACUCAACCUCUCGAACAACUUGCUAGAAGAUUUACCUGAGGGCUUGGAUCAGCUUCACAACGUGAAGUAUAUGAACUUCGCAGACAAUUACAUUACGUCUUUGGAGAGACUUCCGCUGAACUUGGUCCAUCUCACCACCCUUAAUUUCAACAACAACAAGAUCAUAAGCAUUGACGGACUUCAAAACUUGUCAUCCAUCGAGAAAAUCGACCUCCGACGCAACAAAAUCAAGGAUAUGAAGCUGCUUAAGCCAUUAUUGUGGCAAAUUAUGGAUAGUGGCUCCAAACUCGCCAAUAUUUACAUCUCCAGCAAUCCACUACCCAAGACUUACAGAGCAGAUCUCUUCAACUUAUUCAACGGCGCCAAGCCCAAAAAUACCAUCAAAUUGGAUGACUCCCGUCCCGGCUACUUCGAGAGUGCCAUGUUACUAGAUGCUGACGGUGCAAUGAAGGCAUUUGCGAAAUAUAUGGGAUUCGAUAUUCCACUGGAAGAAACAACCCAGAUACAACAAGAAUCCCAGCAGCUGCCUAAAUCACUCAUUCCAACAACACCAGAAAGACAGAUUUUGAAACAAAGACAAUCAAAGUCCUCUAAUGACGUCCUAGAAUCCAUUGCCCUGCUAAACAUUCAGGACCUAGAGGCAACCAUUGCCAAUAGAAAGUGCGCAAGCAUCAUGACCACCGCAUCCACUACAGCAUCCAGCACGCCAACCGUGUCGACUCCUUCGACUGCAGACCAAAUCAACGUUCUGCCCAGUCCCUCAAUGUCGUUUUCCAAACCCAACAUGCCACUUCUACCGAACCAAAACUUGAGCAAUCAACCUCAGAUAUGUACAAACAAGAUUCCUUCCAUUACCAGGCAGUCUUUCCACUCGCCCAUGUUACACCAGAAUGUCAAUAGUUCAGCCACCACCUUGAAGAGCUCAGGCACCAUGACCAGAAUUGAUUUAGAUUCGACGCUGCUACAUAACCCAGCACCUAGUGUAAUUACGCCGGUACAGGUUCUGGUUGAGGGUUUCCAAUAG